AUGGAGAUCCAGCAAUUGGACUCCGAAGGUCAACCAACAGUGACGUUCAUGUAUGACCCAGUCAGCAUGACCUUCGAAAUGCGUCCUUUGCAGGGCUCAGCAAGUACGUCAUUGAUGAUGAGAUUGAUGGACGUUUUCUUACCCGCUGGGUACCCCUUGAGCGUCACCGCGGAUUACACUUCCUACCAGGUCUACGACACCUUACAGGCUUUCGCUUCCACUAUUGCGGGACUGCUAGCUUCGAGAGCAGUAUUAGUCGGGAUGGGUGUUGGGUCCGAGGAUGCCUCACUUGUAACCACCAUGCUGCUAUACAUUGCGCAAGAAACCAUUGGCCGGGUAGCCACCAUCUUGUUCGCCCACUACUUCUCUCAAAGUAUCGAAGCCGAAGUGAAAUUUUAUCGAUUCUUUGCAGAUAUCGUCAAUGACCUUGCUUUUAUCCUGGACUGCUUGAGUCCAGGUCUGCCAGUGUUAGGGCGGGUUUGCACGCUUUGUGUCAGUAACGCGUGCCGAGCUGUGUGUGGGGUCUCGGGUGGGAGCUCUAAGGCCAUCCUUUCGUCCCAUUUUGCAAAGUCGGGUAACAUUGGCGAGCUGAAUGCCAAAGAUGGCAGUCAGGAGACUGUUAUCAGCUUGAUUGGCAUGUGGGCAGGAGGGUUUGUCGUCAGCAAAGUCCACGGCACGUGGAACACCUGGUGCUGUCUGCUCCCGCUGCUCGCGCUGCAUCUGUGGGCAAACUGGAUGGCAGUAAAGAGCGUACGACUGACUUCGCUCAACGGCGAGAGAGCCAGCAUUCUGUUUAGUGCGCUUCUGAAGGGUCGGGUCAAGAACCUAAACGCCAUAGGUAAGGAGGAAUCGAUUUUGGGCGUGGCUAAGAUCUUGCCUAUGCGUUUAAACACUUUCCGAGUGGGUGUUAGCGUGUCGGAUUUCUUACAUGACUUACCUGGCGACAACGACGAUCGUGGCCAGAAGUGUAGGCAUUUUGACCGACUGCGGCAGAUAUUCCAAGAUGAGGACUAUUUGCUCUGGCACGAUGCUCACACCAAGCGAGGAACUGUGCUGCUGAAGGAAUCGGCAACAGGUGAGACGCAGGCAAAAGCCAUAUGCCACUAUCUUCGGAUUUCCGUGCCGAUAACAAAAUAUUCCGACUCUCCGAAACCAUUGCAAUAUCGCGAUCAGAGCGAGGCUGUCCAGAAACCUUUGAGGGACAGUGACUCAGAGCCCAGAGUCACCCCCAGUCAUGACAACAACGAUCCCGCGGGCCAGUCCGUAGGCCAUGUUGGUGGAGGCCAGAAUUUUGAGUCCAUCUCUCAGAGUCUCCGACAAAACAGGCAGCAGUGGCAGAAUUUGCGAGAUCAAGCUGAGGGUGCCGGGUGGGAUCUCAGUCUAACAAAUCUUGUCGGUGGCCGAAGCCAUCGAGUUCGGAUGAAUGAUACGCAAUUUGAGAAGAAAGACCAAUGA